CAUCCAUCGUCAGUCAGUAGUCAGUGAUCACCGUCGCGAGUUGGGAGUCGAAUAUCCAUGAACGGAUCAGGAAGGCCGUUUUAUCAUAUCCGCGGAAUCAUCAUUAUCGGUGUUUAGUGUUUUUUCUGCUUCUACUUGCCUACGCUCUACUGCAACGACUGCGUGUUCCGUACCUUUCCAACACAAUAUUUUGACAGCUCAGCCGGAUUCGAGUUCGAACGGAGGAAAAAUCAAAACAACAGAUCGGAAAAGUUGGUGGUCGAAGUUUUUUUUUCGCGAGGAAAACCGCGCGAGUGAGUGCGUGCGACAAAAGCAAGAAGAGGAACACCAGUAGGGAGCGGGUUUUCCUUUUGAGAUUUUUCCGAAAUUUUCUCAGCUAAGUGCGAGCGAGUGCGGGUAUUAUUCCUUUGCGCCUCUGCUAGUGGUGCGCUGCGGUUUAGUGAAUUUGGCCGUGUGAAGUUUUUUCGAGUGAAAGUGUUCCUGGCCUUCCUCACGAAUGCUGGCUGGUUAGUUCGGUGUUUUGUCCGUGACGGGAGUGUAUAGCUGUGUGCCAUUCCAGAGGGGAUAAAUUCCUGGUGAAGAAGUAACAGAAACCGGAUUCCAAGGUGUUCCAAGUGUAGACGUGUGUGCUACUAUCGGAAGUGUCGGAACAAACAACGGAAGCUCAUUCCAAGAUAAUCUCCCAGUUUCAGCUGUAUCGUACGAUGGCGGAAAACAAAGGAAUGUUACUGGCCAAGUCGGUUCAGAAGCAUGCCGGAAGGGCUAAAGAAAAGCUCUUACAAAAUCUCGGUAAAGUCGACCGAACCGCAGAUGAAAUCUUCGAUGAGCACCUGACCAACUUCACUAGACAGCAGAACAGUGCCACCAGACUGCAGAAAGAGUUCAACAAUUACAUUCGAUGUGUGCGAGCCGUCCAAACCGCCUCCAAAAGCCUAAUGGAAGCCAUAAACGAAGUGUACGAAGGCCAGUGGACCGGAUCGGAAGCGCUGUACGCUCAGACAAACACCGUCGAGGUGCUGUAUCAGGACUUCUCGCACAAACUCGGUGAUCAGGUGCUGAUACCACUGAACACUUACACCUCCCAGUUCCCAGAGAUGCGGAAAAAGAUCGACAAACGAGGUCGCAAAUUGGUGGACUACGACAGCCAGAGGCACUCCUUCCAGAGCCUGCAAGCGAAUGCUGCCAAACGUAAGGAUGAUGUGAAGAUCACAAAGGGCCGUGAACAGCUGGAGGAAGCCAAACGCACCUACGAAGUGCUAAACAGUGAACUGCACGACGAACUGCCGGCUCUGUUCGACUCGAGAAUACUGUUCCUGGUGACGAACUUGCAGACUCUGUUCGCCUCCGAGCAGCAGUUCCACAGCGAAACGGCCAAAGUGUACGCCGAACUGGAAGCCAUCGUCGACAAACUGGCCACCGAAUCGCAGCGAGGCUCGUACACGCUCAAGAAAAUCCCCGCUAACUCCACUCCGUCCAGUCCAGCACAGUCCCCAGUGAAAGCGAACUUGUCGAUUGUAAAUAACAUCACCAACGGAUCUGCCAAUGCCAACGGACCCACAUCCACUUCGCCAUCAAUCUCGCCAAGUCCAGAGCAGCAUCAUAGCCUGGAAGAUACGGAACCAUCCUAUCAGAACACGGAAGUCGUGAAAUCUACCAGCGCUGCUUUGCGAUCAUCCACCACAACUCCCACCACCAUUAAUAACAGCAACAGUACUGAUGCUACAUCGCAGCCAUCCACAGCGGUUGCUAAAACGCCUGAGCCGCCUACUACCACCACUACUACUAUUACCGCCGCCACCAGCGACGAAAAAGUAACCACAAAUGGUACGGAUCAUAACCAUCAUGAUCACCAUCCCAGCAGCAAAACGCAAAAUAACACGCCCGACGCUGAUGCCGCUGCCGAGUCUACCAGUUCUAGUCCUGCCCCGCCGGCAUCGCCACCGCCCGCUGCUGACCCUCAGCCUAAAUCGCCGCCAUCACCAUCACCCACAACAACGCCUACUACUGCUGGCGCUGCCGUUUCGCAAUCAAGUAAUACUAAUAAUCGCCAACUCCACCAUCACUCGAUAGUCCCACCAUCUUAUCAUUCAUACUUCCAUCACCAUCAACAACAAUUCAAUCCCACCGCCACCCAACAACAUCCAUCGAACGCGAUCGAUCCUACCUCUCUGGCUUCGAACUGUUCGACGUUAUCCUCUCCGAUGGACCAACAGCGGCCCAGUGCUGGCGCCCAACAUAUCUACAGCAAUGUCCCUAACAACAACUCCACCAGCAUCAACAGUAGCCAUAAUCAGAUGAAUAGCAUUAACAAUAACGUUAACAGCCAUUGUUCCAUGACCGGUACUAGCAUUUCUCACACCAACAAUAAUAGUAAACUGGAAGAGCUCUAUGAUAUCCCCGUGGGCGCAACGACUACCGAUCUGCCGCCGGGAGUGCUGUACCGGGUGAAGGCCACCUAUAAGUACGUCCGGGAGGACGUUGACGAGCUUAGCUUCGAAGUCGGUGACACAAUCAACGUGAUUGAGUACGAGGACCCAGAAGAUCAGGAGGAAGGCUGGUUAAUGGGCAUCAAGGAAGGCACAAACGACAAGGGUAUGUUCCCAGCCAAUUUCACUCGGCCGCUCUAAUGAGGAGAAUUCAACUGCAGCAUGAUCAGCACACACACAAACACUUUGGAUGCCACUGGAACAAACAACCAUGCAAUUCCAUUGAUCGUAACAACGACGGCUGUACAGUGGAAGUUAAUGCAGAAAAUCAAGGUUAAAGUUCAUUAUCUACGACUAGGGGAUAUCCGCUAAUAUUUAGGCUAAAGUGACACUGAGUUGAACGGAACACUCGAAAAUCGAAAGCUAACUUUUAAGAAGAAAACUAUUGUGAAAAUAUCAUGCAAUGCAAAAAGUUUACGACGUACGAUGAAACAAAACUGGAACGUGCCUUUAGAAGAAUGUAAUUGAGAUAAACUAAACAAUUGCGACGUGAACAGAAGAUUAAGAUCAGAUAAAAUAGCAGUUUAUAAUGAGUGAACCAUUUGUUUGAACAUACGUGGUUUGCCCCAUUUUAGCAAAUUGUUGCUUAUAAUUGGCCCAGUCCAUUGACCCUUUGAGUUGCUCACAGUAUACAAAACAUUAUUGAGACGUACAAUAUUUCUGGUAAACGUCUUCCCAAUCUGGCAUUUCUGAAUUUGCAAAUAAUUGUUUUAAUAGUCUUCCUGCUUUUAAUUUUUAUUCAAAUUAUCCGUAUGUUGUUUAGCUAAAUGCAGUCAACUAGCAACACACGUUUUGUAUGUUAUAACUUGUAGCUCUAUUGUAAAUAAUUCACGAUGAUUCGAACCUAUACUGCAACUGCCUGGACAACAAAUUUGUAUCAAUGUUUAUCGGAUAACAAUAAAGUCUACAAUUGGGUUAAACAAUUUGCCAAAAACUUUACAGCCAGAAACUCCCGCGAAAUUGCCAACUUCGUAUUACAUACCUAUAUGUUCUUUGUAAUUAGCCGAUGAGCAGAAAGUAAGUAGAUUAUGUAUAAAAAAAACUCCGUUUUCACUCACGUUUUUUAAUUUUUCUGUGUUUUAUUAUUUCGCAGCACUAUCUUUUCGUGUGAGAGUCAAGUUAAACAGGAUUCCGAACGGUAGCUUAUUGAAUUUAAUCACGAUUCAACAGUUCAACUAGUAAAACAGCGCGUACGUGAAAUCAUAUUCAAACAAAUAGAUCUUAGUCGUAGCAAAGCGAUUCAUGCAUUUUUUUUACAAAAGUUUGGCAAUUAUCCCAAUGAGAAAACUCAAUGAUUGUAGCUUUAUAUUCAUUAUGCAAUAGAUCAUACCCACUGACAGAAAUAGUAGUAGUCCUUCCAUUGUCAUACAUUCUCGAAUAGAAGAGCUCAUUUCUUUAUUACAGUCGCACCGUACUAUUCUGUUCUGUCGUCAUAGUCAUUAUUAAUCGCUGUUUUAGGGAUUUAUACCCAAAAGAAUAUCACUUUCUAUCACUUUAAUUAUUCUGAAAUCAUAAUUGUUUUUAUUAUAUUUGAAAAUUUUAUCUAAUUUAACAAAUUAUUAAAUUAAUACAUAAUUUAGUUGAGUAGUGUUAAUAAAAUCAAAUCUGAAAAUAAAGAAACUGCAAUAUUUUUAGUCUAUAUUGUAGUUACGAAUGCACACAUACAAACACACCCACAAACUACACAUGUAAAAAUCGAAAUGCAAACUUAUUUGAAUGUUUUUCAAAAGAAUCAAUUCGGAAUUCGAAACAAAGCAAUGCCGAAAAACACAACAACAAAAAAACGAAAAUUUAUCAAUUGGCUUGUAGAGUGGAAAGUAAACCAUUCGAGUUAAAAUCAUCCGAUGAAUGAAGAAGUUGAUUGGUGAACAAACAUAAUGAAGGAGAAAUAAGGAUGGUUUAAUCUAUUUCAAGUAAAAUUAUUAAUACAAUAAUACGCUAAGGAUAACAAGGAUCUAAAAGAGAUGGACGAAACUUGUGUACAAUGUU